AUGGAUCUCAAACAUCGUUGUGUGCAACUAAACGAUGGUCGCUUCAUUCCUGUACUGGGAUUUGGCACCUAUGCACCGGAAGAGGUUCCUAAGAGUGAGGCAGAAGAGGGCACCAAGAUAGCAAUUGAUGCUGGGUAUCGCCAUAUUGAUGCUGCUUGUGCAUAUGAAAAUGAAGAGGAGGUUGUAUGGGCCAUCCGGAGCAAGAUUGCAGAUGGCACAGUGAAGAGGGAAGACAUAUUCUAUACUUCAAAGCUUUGGAUCACUUUCCUUCAACCAGAGUUGGUCCGACCAGCCUUGGAAAGCUCCCUGAGGAAACUUCAGCUGGACUAUGUCGACCUCUACAUUAUUCAUUUCCCAACAGCUCUGAAGCCUGGGAAGGAUCUUUGGCCAAAAGAUGAACAUGGAAAACUGAUAUUCCACACGGUGGAUCUCCAUGCCAUGUGGGAGGCCCUGGAGAAGUGUAAGGACGCGGGAUUGACCAAGUCCAUCGGCGUGUCCAACUUUAACCACAAGCAGCUGGAGAGGAUCCUGAACAAGCCAGGGCUCAAGUACAAGCCUGUCUGCAACCAGGUAGAAUGCCACCCUUAUCUCAACCAGAGAAAGCUGUUGGACUUCUGCAAGUCAAAAGAUAUGGUGCUUGUGGCCUACAGUGCUCUGGGAUCCCAUCGAGAAGAAAAGUGUCACUCAUUUUCUUGUUCUUCUUCUGGAGCUAUACCUACAGAAGACAGCCACUGGGAAAUAGAAGAGAAAAAUUGAAGGAUCUGAACCAUUCUUCAUCAAGUCAAGCAUACAUCAAAUGACCUAGAGGGGAUGAUAAAAUACUAAUUGCUGUACCCCUCACCUGGCGCUCUGAUUUAAGGGAUCUGGGGUGAAGUCCGAGAAUUUGAAUUUCUAAUAAGUUCCCAGGUGGUAGAGUGCUGCUGGGAUGGUGACCAUCUUUUGAGAACCUCUGGCCUAGGGGGGGCAAGAACGCACCUGUUCUCUUGGAUGAUCCAGUUCUUUGUGACCUGGCAAAAAAGCACAAGCGCACCUCAGCCCUGAUUGCCCUUCGCUACCAGAUCCAGCAUGGGGUCGUGGUCCUGGCCAAGGGCUUCAAUGAGAAGCGGAUCAGAGAGAACAUGCAGUGCCACUGGCCACCCUGAGUAUCCAUUUACUGAAGAAUAUUAGCAGGGAGCCCUUCGCCAUGCCUUCUACCAGGAGCUCCUGUGUGUGCAGAGUGAUGCGGGAAACGUCUCAGAUGCUCUUGAUUAGAGACAUCACCUAUAGCUAAAUCCAUGCUGCUGAGAAACUCACACUCAACUAGACUCAAGUCUACAGGACAGGCAUUAAAUUUUUGUUGGUUUGCAAGCAAUUAAGGUUAAUUUUACACAGAGAUCCUUACCCAUUCCAGUCUCUGUUUCUGUUAUUUAAAUUUGUUUCUUUCUGUUCAUUAUGGACCAAAACUAGGAUUUGCAGAGAGGCUGAGGAGAAGCGAGAGAUGUAUCAGCAAUUUCAUACACAUUCCUGGUUGGGGACGGAGGGUGGGGCCUCCACUCUGUUAGCAAAGAAGUAGUUAGCAGCCAUGUGAAAGGAUUUCUGAAGCACUUUGAGGACUAUGAAAACACGACAUAUAGUUAGGAAGGUGAGGAACAUGUCAAAAGGAAAACAACACUACAAGGUCUCCCUUGGAGCAGCUCAGAGGAUCAGAGCUCCAGGCAGUCUUGGAAGGAGAGGUCGCUGUGGCCGAUGGUCAGUGGCUAAGUGGGAGGGAAACCAGUCUGAGAGGAUGGACUCGGGUAUGUGCAUUGGGCAGAGGGAGUAGAGCACAUUCACUGAUAUAGUAAUAUUAACACAGGCUCUCUUGAUAAUGGAAUCAGCCUAAAUUAGACCCAAUAUUUGGACCUGGAUGAAUCAUUGCCGGCAAUUCCAUGCCUACAUGUUCAUCCAAGAUCAAUGGAAACCUACGUUCACACAAAGAUUUGUACGCAAAUGUUCAUAGAAGCAUUAUUCAUACUAGCCCAAACUUGGAAUCAAUCCAAUUGCCCAUUAAUUGGUGAAUGGAAUCACAAAAUGUGGUACAUCCAUAAAACUGAAUAUUACUUGCUCAUAAAAUGACUGAAUCAUUGCUGUCUGUAAUGACCAGGAUGAAGCUGAAAUUGUUUUGCCAAAUGAAAGAAGAAAAUCACAAAUGAAUACAUCUCAUAUAAUUAUGUAUACAUGAGAUCACUGGAAAGGAAAAUCUCCAUAGACAUAAGGUCGGUCAGAGGUUGGCUGAGCCUGGGGUUGGGAGCAGUAAUUGCCUACAGAUGGGAUCAGUGGGAGUGAUGGAAAGAUUCCAAGACAGGAUUGUGGUUAUGACUGCAUAACUCUAUCAUUUUACUAGAAGUCACCCAACUAUACAAUUAUAAUAGUGAUUUUCAUGAAUUUUGUGACAUGUAAAUUAUACACCAAUAAAAGUGCUGAAUUCUG